AGCUGACAUGCUGUUCCUGGAAAAUGCAAAGAAACUCUCCAUGUACGGAGUCGACUUGCAUCGUGCCAAGCUGGUCAGCCGGCUGUUUGAGUGUUUAUCAGUGGCGCAGGAGGAGGAUUCGGAGGCUGUGGAGAUCAUGCUGGGAGUUUGUUCCAGCGGCCUCCUCGUCUACAGAGAUAAACUGCGCAUCAAUCGCUUCGCCUGGCCCAAAAUACUCAAGAUCUCCUACAAGAGGAACAACUUCUACAUCAAGGUGCGGCCGGGAGAGCUGGAAGAGUUCGAGAGCACCAUCGGAUUCAAACUCUCCAAUCACAAAGCAGCAAAGAGACUCUGGAAAGUUUGUGUGGAGCAUCACACCUUCUUCAGGCUGGUUUCUCCUGAAGCUCCUCCCAAGCGCUUCCUGUCGUUGGGCUCAAAGUUCCGCUACAGCGGACGAACACAAGCACAGACGCGUCGCGCGAGCGCUCAGAUCGCUCGAGCCGCGCCGCAGUUCCAGCGACGGCACACCGUCACAGCCAGCAUGGACAGCAUGACAGUCAACCAUGACGACGAGAAGAACGCCAAACCCGCUGUCGCUACAGAUGACUUCAUCGCCAUAGAAACGCCGGAGAAGAAAGCAGAGGAGAUGAACUCCGUGGAGGAAGAAUAUAAAGCCAACAGUGACGAAUCAGAACAAGCCCCGCCCGCCUCCGUCACCAAGUCGUGUCUGUACUCAUCGGAUCCGUUGGGAUCUGAGCUCUCCCUCCCGUCUUCUCCCGUCUCGUCCACCAAAGUGCGCAGGAGACGCAGGGAAAGCAGCCGCAAGCGCGCCGCCUCCGUCAGUCCGGCCAAAACCACGGCGGGCUGCCGGCGCCGUCAGGCCCAAGCGGACCGUAAAGAGGCUCUGCUGGAGGAACAAGCGCUGCUUCUGUCUGCACGCAAACAGAGACUGAACCAGAGCCGAGGAGGAACGCUGUUCUCCUUCUCGCUGCACCUCCCUGAUCUGCCUUCGCUGCUGGAUGAGGACGGUUACCUGAGCUUCCCCGACCUCACCGAGCUGCGCUUUCUGCCCGAGAGCCUGCAUCACUUUAUGCCCAUCAAAUCUCCCUCGCUCAUCCCCUGCUUCCUCUUCAUCUUCUUCUUCCUGCUCUCCACCUCGUUCUCGGUGCCGUACGCGCUCACGCUCUCCUUCCCGCUGGCGCUGUGUCUCUGCUAUCUGGAGCCCAAGGCUGCGUCGCUCAGCUCAUCUCUGGCGCAGGGCUUCCAGGACAGUUCAGACGACGAGACUGACAGCGAUCAAACCGACUUCAAUUGUGAUGACGACACAUCGGCGACUGAGUCUGACUUUGAGGACAGCUUUGACUUGAGGACACAGAUGUCAGAGGAGGUUAAAGCCGAACCUGAAGAUGUUCCAGUAAAGCCGGAUCAUUUGGCUGAUGGUGUGGAGCAGUCGGAGGAAGCGGUUCAAGAUGUUCCUGUGGUUCACACCGAGACCAAGACCAUCACGUACGAGUCUUCAGAGGUUGAUGCCGAUGGCGACUCGGAUGCAGGCGUCUUCAUGAGCGCUCAGACCAUCACAUCAGAGAACAACAGCAGCAGCACCACCACACACAUCACCAAGACGGUGAAGGACGGCAUUUCAGAGACUCGCAUCGAAAAGAGGAUCGUCAUCACGGCAGACGCAGACAUCGACCACGAUCAGGCUCUGGCUCAGGCCAUUAAAGAGGCCAAAGAGCAGCACCCAGAGAUGUCGGUCACUAAAGUAGUGGUUCAUAAAGAGACAGAGAUCCCAGCUGCUGACGGUGAGGCGUGAAUCUCGCAGGAAUAAGACCCAAACUUCCCCUUGAACUCAUCAGCUGAGAACCAGCACGCGACCUUUGACCUUUGACCUCAGACGACACACAAGCUCUUGGGUCAUCAAGCCAUCAGCUUCACCCUCGUCAAACCAAACCCGCGCCGAGAUGGUAGACUCAAAAACCUAGAAGGGGAGAAUUAAAAAAUAUUUGCCUUAAAACAUCUUGAUUUCUUCAAAUGAUUCAAAAUAUUAAUUUAUGCCACUUUGGUUUAUUUAUAGUGUAGCGUGAAUCUCUCAUACACACGUCCAGGUCAAAAUCAAAUGUUCAAAAAUGUCAAGCUUUUCAAACUCGAGCUUCAGAAAACAAACCCGACUGAAUUGAAACAAGUUUCUACUUGAAUCAUAAAUGCAUUUUUAUUGCAAUGGUUAUUUCACAAUUGUUAUUGUUGUUGUUUUUUCUGGCACUAACUGAUUCUGCAUUAUAUAUGCAAAACGACAAAAAAUGAGUAAAGAGAA